AUGGAGCCCUCAGGCCUCCCAGAGUCCACCACCCCUUUUGAUUACGAUCCUGAGAGCUUUCUGUGUGAGAGCAAGACCUUCACCUUUGCCACCUUCAGCACCACCAUCUUGUACUUCCUGGUGUUUCUCCUCAGCUUGGUGGGCAACAGCCUGGUGUUGUGGGUCCUGGUGAAGUAUGAGAGCCUGGAGUCCCUCACCAACGUCUUCAUCCUCAACCUGUGCCUCUCAGACCUGGUGUUCUCCUGCUUGCUGCCCGUGUGGAUCCUGGGAUACCACUGGGGCUGGGUGCUGGGAGACUUCCUCUGCAAGCUCCUCAACAUGGUCUUCUCCAUCAGCCUCUACAGCAGCAUUUUCUUCCUGACCAUCAUGACCAUCCACCGCUACCUGUCUGUAGUGAGCCCUCUCUCAUCCCUGCGUGUCCACACCCUCCGAUGCCGCGUGCUGGUGACCACAGCCGUGUGGGUGGCCAGCAUCCUGUCCUCCAUCCCCGAUGCCAUCUUCCACAAGGUGUUUCCUUCGGGUUGUGAUUAUUCAGGACGCACAUGGUUUCUAGCUUCGGUCUACCAGCACAAUGUCUUCUUCCUGCUCUCUGUGGGGACUAUCCUAUUCUGCAAUGUGGAGAUUCUUAGGACCCUGUUCCGCUCACGGUCCAAACGGCACCACCGGACAGUCAGGCUCAUCUUCACCAUUGUGGCGGCAUACUUCCUCAGCUGGGCUCCCUACAACCUGAUCCUGUUUCUGCAGACACUAUUGAAACUUGAAGUCAUCCAGAGCUGCGAGGUCAGCCAGCAAUUGGAUUAUGCCUUGCUCAUCUGCCGCAAUGUUGCCUUCUCCCACUGCUGCUUCAACCCAGUGCUCUAUGUCUUUGUCGGGGUCAAGUUCCGCAGGCACCUCAAAAGUCUGCUCCGGCACUUCUGGCUUUGCCGACAACAGGCUCCCAAUCUUCCCCCCUUACCUCACUCACCAGGUGCCUUCACCUAUGAGGGCGCCUCCUUCUACUGA